AUGGCAUCCCAAGGCCAGGCCAUUUUCUGGAGCAUGACUACAGCCAUUGUCAUCCUGGCUGCAGUGAUCGCCCUGAUCAUUGGUUUUGGUGUCUCAGGAAAACACUCCAUCAGUGUGACGGCGCUGACCUCUCCAGGGAACAUUCGCCAGCGCAGCAUCCUGGGCUGCUCUUUUGAGCCCGACAUCCGGAUGGACAGCGUUGCAAUCCAGUGGGCCAAGGAGGGGGUAGCUGGGCUGGUUCACGAGUUUAAGGGUGGGAAGGACCACCUGCAAGAGCAGGAUCCAUCAUUUCAGGGCCGCACGGCCAUGUUUGCGGACCAGGUGAUCGGCGGGAAUGCUUCCCUGGAGCUGAGGGAUGUGCAGCUUUCCGAUGCUGGCACCUACCAGUGCUCUGUCACCACAGCCAGAGGGAGUGGAGCAGCGGUGCUGCGGUACAGGACAGGAGCCUUCAGCACGCCUGUGGUGCAAGUGGAGCACAGCAGGCACGGGGGCACGCUGCAGUGCGGAGCCCCGCGCUGGUUCCCUCGCCCUGCUGUGCGCUGGAUGGCCUGCGGUGACACUGGGGAGCACCUGCCCUGCACUGCCAACACCAGCUACCAGCUGAACCCCGAAAACAUCACUGUGAAGGUGGUUUCCCUCCUGCACAACAUCACUGCUAAUGCCACCUACACCUGCGUGAUGGAAAACAGCAUUGCCAAGGCUGUGGUCAACAUCAGAGUGACAGCCUCUCACAAUUCUUCUGCUACAGAUUUCAGCACUACAAAGGUGACCAACUUGCAGCUGGUGAACCUGAAUGCAGAAUCAGUGUCAUCCUCCUUUCCAGCCUGUCACUGGAUGCUUCUGCUUCCUUUAUACCUGCUGUCAAUAUAA